AUGUCUGACCCAAAGACGGUGCGAACAUUUCUUCUUUGGAACGGCGAGUGGCCGUACGUGAAGCGUGGCGUGUCGGAGGUGCGCGCCGUUGCGGCUGGUGUCAUCGCUGCCGCCAAUGCUCUCGUGGACGUCCCGGCCUUCUUGGCACGGGCGCGCAAGUACACGGUGGCGGCUGACGACUUCAUCACGGUGCAGUCGGCGAAGGCGAGCUCUACAUUAGAAUUGCAUCAGUGGGUAGUACCGGCGUCCGGGAUCGCGCUGGCGAGCGUCUACGUUGUCGUGCGAAGCGCUCCGUGGGGCGGCGUGAAGAUGCUACGUAACGGCCUCUUUACAGCGGCAGCGCUGACGGUGUUUAUGUAUCCGCGUGAAAUUGUGCAUCGCAUGGACAGCGCAAUGCCGUUCCAGACCCCGGCAUCGAGCUGGGAGCCGAAGAGCGAACGCUAA